UCCUCACAACGCCUCGGACAAAGAUGCAGCAAAACGUGCUGUCCGUGUGCUGCCUAUAAGCUUUGAAUUACCUGGAGGAAGAAGGCUGUUUUUGUGGGCACUCUGCACAACUUUUGCGCGCACAGCUUCGAACGGCGCACAGCCACGAUGCUGUUACGGUCCGGCGCGCUCUUAAUGCUGGCGGCUCUCUACUUGAGUGUGGAUCUGACAGGAGCUGAGGGCUGUGGUGCAUCAUGUGGAAAAUGUGACUGCAGUGGUGUGAAAGGAGCAAAGGGUGAGCUUGGGUUUCCUGGUCUUCAAGGUAAUAUGGGAUUCCCAGGGAGGCAGGGACCUGAGGGGCCUCCAGGGCCAAUGGGCCCCAAGGGAGAUCUGGGUGAGUCCGGGGCUCCUGGAUUGAAAGGAGUCAGAGGACCUCCUGGUCUGCCAGGUUUCCCAGGCAACCCAGGACUUCCAGGCAUCAAUGGACAUGACGGUCCACCUGGUGCGCCAGGUAUCCCAGGAUGCAACGGGACAAAAGGAGAAAGAGGAAGAGAUGGAACUCCAGGUUUCCCUGGUCCUCAAGGAACACCUGGAAUGCCGGGACUUCCUGGAAUGAAGGGUGACCCCGGUGGUUUGAUAGGAAUUGUUCCCAUGAAAGGAGAGAAAGGAUAUCCCGGCACACCUGGCCGACCUGGACAAACUGGCAUCUCCGGACCUACUGGGCCUCCAGGACCUCCUGGCUAUGAAGGACCCAGAGGUGAUCCUGGCCCUCCCGGCCCUCCUGGACCGAUGGGAGAUAAGCUGGCCUUUGAGGGUGAGAAAGGAGAAAAGGGUGACAAAGGACUUCAAGGCCCACCCGGCCCUCCUGGACCCACAUCAUUCGAGCAGAAAGGAUCACAAACAGUUUUUCGUGGGCAACCGGGGUUCAAAGGAGAAGCAGGGGAGAAAGGCGACAAGGGCUCCUGCAUCCCACAUCUGCACGGCAUCAAAGGCGAUAUUGGCCCAGAUGGACCACCGGGUAAACCUGGCAAGGAUGGAGACAAUGGGCUACAGGGAGAAAAAGGCGUUCCUGGAGCCCCAGGAUACCCUGGUUUACAGGGUGAAAAAGGAGAAAGGGGACCACCUGGUGGGGGUGUUGGCCCUCCCGGCGCUCCUGGUUCCGCAGGUUCAAAAGGAGAGAAAGGUUUUCUUGGUCCUCGGGGAGAGCCAGGUCUACCAGGCGAACACAUUGAAGGGCCUCGUGGAGAGAAGGGUGAGAAAGGAGAGGUGGGCGAAAAGGGAGACAGAGGUGUGGAAGGAGAGCCUCUUGUCGGACCUCCAGGACAACCGGGGAACCCUGGUCCUCCUGGACCACCCGGACCACCAAUCAACCCUGGUGAAUGUAACAUUCAGAAGGGGAAUCGUGGCCCACCUGGACCUCCAGGGCUACAAGGGGAAGUGGGACAGAAAGGUGACAAAGGGGAUACCUGUGUUCAGUGUGAAGGCACGAGCACACCUGGAUUACCUGGUCCCCCAGGUCCUAAAGGAGACACAGGACCUCCUGGUGCAGUAGGCGGUAAAGGACAAAAGGGUAUUUCUGGACAACCUGGACAACCUGGACGACCUGGUGCUCAAGGAAAUCCCGGAUUAAGAGGGGCUCCUGGUGCUGUUGGUGAACCAGGGGACAUUUUCGUGGCUCCUGGUCUGAAGGGGGACAAGGGUCUGCCUGGUCGUAAUGGAUUACCUGGACAGCCGGGGCAGGAUGGAAUACCAGGAAGAGAUGGUCCACCAGGAUUUCCUGGCCUUAAAGGAGAACCUGCCAGAGAGGGCAUCAAGGGUGAACGUGGACCAGAUGGUGAUCCUGGUCCUAUUGGCCCUCCAGGAGAGAGGGGUCCCCCUGGUCUGCCAGGCUUUGGUCGACCAGGACAGACUGGAGAUAAGGGCAGUCAGGGGAAUCCAGGAGUUCCUGGAUAUCCUGGGCGACCUGGUGAGAAAGGUGAGCCAGGGAUAGGUGUGAGCACUCCUGGUCCUCAGGGUGCACCCGGACCACGAGGAGAACCAGGCAGAGAGGGACCUAAAGGUGACAAUGGCCUUCCAGGAGACGAUGGGUUGCCAGGUUUUCCAGGAGAAAAGGGUGAACAAGGACCUCCUGGGAUUGGAUUUCCAGGCCCAACUGGCCCUAAAGGAAGCAGCGGAAUUCCAGGAGCCCCCGGAUUACCAGGAGAACCAGGAAGAUCAGGAAAGGAUGGCGGGCCAGGAUCUCCUGGUCCACGUGGACCAAAGGGUGAACCUGGACGGGGACUUCCGGGUCCCAAAGGUUCACAAGGCCACCAAGGAAUUCCUGGCUUCCAGGGAGAGAAGGGCAACAUCGGAUUACCUGGUGUUCCUGGACGAGAAGGACAUACAGGCCCACCUGGACCUCAGGGUCUCAAAGGUGAUCUGGGACCUCCUGGACUUCCUGGACUGGUUGGCAAACCCGGUCCUCCAGGAAAAGGAUUGCCUGGACCUCCUGGACUACAGGGGCCUCCUGGAGAGCCUGGUCCUUAUGGUAGGGAAGGUGUAAAGGGGGAAAAGGGCUACCCAGGUCCUCCUGGUCUAGACAUGCCAGGGCCUCAGGGAGAGAAAGGAGUCCCUGGGUUUCCAGGAGUACAAGGAACUAAAGGACUGCCAGGGCCUCCAGGUUUACCAGGCAGGGAUGGACUCAUUGGAAACCAAGGUACUAAAGGUGAAAUGGGGUUAAUGGGAACACCUGGAAUACCGGGAUAUCCUGGGCCUCCCGGUACACCUGGAUCUCCUGGUCCGAGAGGUGAUCCUGGUCUUACUGGACCAAGAGGUGAUAUUGGAGAGCCUGGACUAAAAGGUGACAGAGGAGAGCCGGGUGUUCAGGGACCUCCUGGGAACAUGAGUGAUGUUGACAUGGAGCACAUGAAGGGAGUGAAGGGAGACAAAGGAGACAUAGGUACCCCAGGGACCAGUGGAGAGAGGGGCAUACCUGGAUUGCCAGGAGAUCCUGGAAUGCCAGGGAAAGAUGGAGAGCCUGGAUUACCUGGAAAACCUGGUGACAAAGGAGACUCUGGCGAACCUGGAGAGCCUGGCGGUAUGGGACCACCUGGACCGAAGGGUGGCACAGGGGAGAUGGGAGUACCAGGUCCAUCUGGUCCAAAGGGUGUCAAAGGAGAUUUAGGUACACCUGGACAUCCUGGAUUCAGAGGCACGGAUGGAGAAAAGGGAGAAACAGGAUUACCUGGUGAGCCAGGUAUUGGCAUCCCAGGAUUUCCAGGACAAAAGGGUCAGACUGGUGAGCCAGGAUUCCAAGGACCAGCUGGAGAUAAGGGUCAGAAAGGCCAAGAGGGCAUGCCUGGCAAGCCAGGACUGCCAGGACCCAAAGGAGACCAAGGAAGCUCUGGGUAUCAAGGUCAGCCAGGUAGACCAGGGGACAAGGGUACCCCUGGACUUCCUGGGUUUGUAGGAGAGCCUGGUCAAGAUGGCCGGCCUGGCGAAACUGGCCUGCAGGGGCCUUCUGGUCCAAAGGGAGAUAAGGGAGAUUCUGGACGUGAUGGAAUCCCAGGGUCCACAGGAGAGAGAGGACAGCCAGGUAUGGCUGGAAUAGGUUUUCCUGGUCCGCCUGGCGAGCUUGGCAGCAAAGGAGACAAAGGCAGUCCUGGCUUUCCUGGCAACCCAGGUAUUCCAGGUGUCCCUGGUGUGAAAGGUGAUAAGGGAUUUCCCGGCCCACAGGGACCUCAAGGACAGCCAGGAGAACAGGGUCCCUCGGGUUUCUCUCUAGAAGGACCUAAAGGAGAUAGGGGAGGAACAGGACAACCUGGAGAAGCAGGAAUCCCAGGACAACCAGGACCUGCUGGUUUUCCGGGCAGAGAUGGACAGAAGGGAGAGAAAGGAGAUCAGGGUCUCCAGGGUUUCCAGGGAGAGUCGGGAAUAAAGGGGGAUUCUGGAUUACCUGGACUGCCGGGAGCACCUGGGCUUCCAGGUCUUGAUGGACCGAAGGGAGAGGUAGGAUUACAGGGUGUAACUGGCUUCCCAGGACAAAAGGGUGAAGCUGGAGACCUUGGAUAUAGAGGAGAAGCUGGAGACAGAGGAUUCCCAGGCGAAAAAGGUAACGAAGGCCCUCCUGGUCCUCCCGGCCCUCAAAUGUUCAUAAAAGGAGACAUUGGCUUCCCAGGAAAUCAAGGUUUACCGGGACCUCAGGGGCCAUCUGGGCUCCCAGGACAGAAAGGAGAUAGAGGUGUGACAGGUUUUCCAGGGCCAAAAGGCGAAGAAGGUUUCCCUGGAUAUAAUGGUCAGAACGGGGUCAAAGGAGAGCCUGGCUUUCCAGGGCCACAAGGACCUAGAGGACACCCUGGCCCCCCUGGACCUAAUGGUGUGCCAGGCCCAGCUGGUCCACCCGGCCCCUCGUCCAUGGAUCACGGUUUCCUUGUAACACGUCACAGCCAAUCGGUGGACAUCCCAUUGUGUCCCGAUGGAACCUCUCUCAUAUAUGAUGGCUACUCCUUGCUCUACGUCCAGGGCAAUGAGCGCUCUCAUGGGCAAGACUUAGGUACGGCAGGCAGCUGUCUAAAGAAGUUCAGCCCCAUGCCCUUCCUCUUCUGUAAUAUCAACAAUGUGUGUAACUUUGCCUCCCGUAAUGAUUACUCCUACUGGCUCACCUCACCUGCGUCCAUGCCCAUGAACAUGGCACCUAUCACUGGUGAAAACAUUAAACCCUUCAUCAGUAGGUGCGCUGUAUGUGAAGCUCCAGCCAUGGUGAUAGCAGUUCACAGUCAGACCAUUAUGAUCCCACCGUGCCCUGGAGGCUGGGACUCUCUGUGGAUCGGCUACUCCUUUGUUAUGCACACCAGUGCUGGUGCUGAGGGUUCGGGCCAGGCUUUGGCUUCUCCCGGUUCCUGUCUGGAGGAAUUCCGCAGUGCUCCAUUCAUCGAGUGUCACGGUCGAGGAACCUGCAACUAUUACGCCAACUCCUACAGCUUCUGGCUCGCUACCAUUGAAGACAAUGAAAUGUUUACGAAACCCGUCCCAGCAACGCUAAAAGCCGGCAGCCUCCGAACACACAUAAGCCGCUGUCAGGUUUGCAUGAAGAGGACAUAAGCAGCAAUACCAAAGGCCUCCGUUUUACCGUGAAGAGCAAUAAGGCGUGCGUUGACGUCAUCGACUUGGCUUUAUUUCCCGUUUUCUAAAGGAUGGUGCUAUUGCCCUGCCUGGCAUGUAGGAUAGGAUCACGGCCAGAGACUGAAACCAAACCACAGAGACCAAGCGGCCGUUUGCUCCAUGCAGAAACACACAAUCACAACAUGUUAAGUGUGGCACCCAGUUUACCACUGCACUGACAUGCCCCCUGAACUGGUAAACUGGUGUUAAUUUUGAAAGGGCUGUGUGUGUCAGUCAGGUGCUAUUGAAUCUUGUGUGCCUUUUUCUUUUCGUUGUUUUUAUUUCCAUUCCCUACCAGUGUUUCAAAGAUAUAGCAACACAAUAUGAUAUACGUUCACACCUUAGUUAAACCCUACUAAUGUAAAAGCUAGGACUUACCACUGGUUACAGAUGCUUGCCAUUUAUACCGCCAUAAAAUUGCAGACACAGACGUAUGCUAAUCACUCUGUUGUAAAUACGACGCAUUCCUUCUUAACAUAGUUCAACAUACUCGCCUCAGGUUAUUGAUGAGUUACUUUGUGUGUUAUUAAGCCCAUUUUUAUUUAUAAGAUUUCUGAGAAUAUGUUCGACGUGAGUUUAUCUGAGAUGCCAUAUAUCCGAAAAGAAUGUGUUAAUGCGUGAAAACCAUCGCCUUAUUAACAUACAAAACAGCACUGAAAUAGCAUUACCAGGCAUGUGACUGUGUGUGUGUGUGUGUGUGUGUGUGUGUUUGUGUGAGAGAAAACAAGAUUUGAGUGGCUUGGAAAUGGCAUGCGUGUUGCAAUGUCUACAUAUAUUGUUGCACAACCCUGUUGUUAACAUGACAAAUGCACACAAAGAAAUAGCCAAGAAAAAUUCAUCCUUCUUGUGUUUUUUCUCUGUACAAAUGUUGUUUAUAACAGUUUAUAACAGUUGUGUUUCCAAGAAUUUAACCCCUUAAGUGAAACAUAUCCUCAUCAUCUGUGAUCCUAAGGAGAUGCACGUGUAUAGAUACAUAAAAUGUAUUUGCAGUUUUGGAUGUGUACUUGACUGUUUCCCUUUGUGAACUUCUUUUUUGUCAUUCCUGUUUAUUUAGUGCAAAGUGUAAUCCUCUCUAAAGGUCAUGAUGUUGGUUCUCUCCGAGUACUCUGGCUUCCUCUCACACUCCAAAGACAUGCACGGGGUUCGGUUAAUUGGUGAUUCUAAAGUGGCCGUAGGUGUGAAUGUGAGUGCAAACGGUUAUCUGUUUCUCUGUGACAGACUGGCAACCUGUCCAGGGUGCACCCCGCCUCUCUGGGACAGACUCCAGCCCAGCUGUGACCCUGAAUUGGACAAACUGAAGAACCACGGAUGGAUCGAUGGGUCAUGAUUUGAUGGUUACGCAGUCAUGUCGAGGACAUAUAGUGCCAACGCAGGUUAAAAUCCUUUAAAAGGUCUUAGCAUAGAGUUGUGUAGAGUCGCUUCUUUAUGUACAGCAUCUGGAGAAAAUUUCAUGCGUAUGUUAAUCUAGGAAAGCCUGUUGGACCUCAAAUGAUCUCCGGAGCGCCGAAAUAGCUUCAACAGCUCUGAAAGGGACAUUUCUGUGUCCCUUUCAGAGUUUUUGAAAUAUGCAAAGUUAAGGCAAUGACUGUACACUGACUGCAACCUGUUUUUGUUUGAGUAUAUGCCAUAGCUGGGAUAAAGUGCUCAAAGACGUUUGUAGAGUAUUAGAUUUAUUUUCCAGCGUUAAGCAAGCCUUUCCUAACAGUGAUUACCAGAACAGAAAAUACUUUUUAAUAUUUCACAUCCAAAACUGUGUAAUUCCUGAAAUAAAAUGAUUUGUAGAAA